AUGGGCAACGAUACUCGUCAAUAUUCACCAGUAGAGGACAUUUAUUAUGCCUACAAUACGCCGAUACUUAUUUUAACAUUUAUCUUUGGAUUAACUGGAAAUAUGAUUGCCUUGUGGAUCUUCUGUUUUCACGUUAAAUCCUGGAGACCAAACACCGUUUAUUCACUGUGCCUGGCGAUUGCCGACACUCUGCUAAUCUGCUGUUUGCCAUUUCGAGCCGAUUACUACAUACGUGGGAAGAACUGGAUUUUUGGCGACGUUACGUGCCGUCUGAAGAUAUUCCUGAUGUUUCUGAACCGGACAGAGAGCGUUGUUUUCCUUACAGUUAUGGCACUUGAUCGCUAUUUCAAAGUGAUCCACCCUCACCAUAAAGUGAACAAGAUCUCUACAAGGACUGCAGUGAAGGUAUCACUCAUUCUCUGGUUUCUAACUAUGUUGAUUUGUUUGCAUUUUCUGAUAGAACCUCGUACCUUCGAACAUAACAACGUAACUAACUGUGAGCCAUUUAGCAUAACUCAGCCUCUCGGACUUACAGCAUUUUGGACAGAUAUUAUUUUUAUUGUUUUCAAGUUUAUUUUACCGGCUUCAGUGAUCCUGUUCUCCUCGUGCUGUAUUACCUGGAGGCUAAAGCAGAUGAAAUCUGAAAUGAGGGUUAAAUAUCAACGAGCUAUGAGGCUUGUGAUAGCCGUGGCGGUAGUGUUUCUCAUCUGCUUCCUACCCACCAAUAUUGCUGUAAUCGCUGUUUUAAUUUCAAGCAAUUCAAAAGACAGCAAAUUAUUUGACAUCUGUGCUCAGGUGUUCUACAACACGCUGUGCAUAACCUAUUUGAACAGUGUGCUGGACCCAGUUAUUUACUACUUCUCAAGUUCAACAUUUAAAGAAACUUUGAACCAAGCUCUUAUUUUUCACAAAAGCAGAUUAUUUGGAGCAGGAAGAAAGCAUUCAUUGCAUCCAGCGCAAGAAAUGCAACAAGGCAUAGAACCGCAAAGAUCUUCAGUCUGCAACACCUUUGAUCACUUACGAACGGAGUUAACGGAGAAUUUGUGAAGCUCAGCCACUGUGCGCUUUAU